AUGAAGGUCGACAGGAGGAGGACGUCUUUGAUUAUAUUCCUCCUUGCCACAGUCGCGUCCUGCAAUGUUGACUCGUCAGACCGAACUCAUUUGGUGAAGAGAGACCCCGUGGGUGCGUCAGAUCCUGCGAGCGAGACACGUACAGGACGCUUGGGAACAGAACACGCUCCUGUCGAUGGCAAGGAUGGCAUGCCACACGAAGGCCCCUGGAUCGAGACGGAAACAGACCGAAAGAACCAGAAGCUGAAGGAUGUUGGUGAAGAAGAGGCAAUCUACGAUGAGAAAGAGUCAAAACCUGCGAAAGACAUGCCUCAGUCUAAUGACGGUGUCAUGGAUGAUCCAAACCGAAAAGCCCCUGGGGAGGGCACGAGAGGGACCGGGGGGGGUGUAUCUCAGAGAACGAAAGACGGGAAGCCCGUUGGCAAACAGCCCGAGCAGCCUAAAGAGGCACCUCCCUUGCCGCAUUCGGAAAAGGAGAGAAUGGAAUUGGCCAGUGACGAGACCAAGGGCGACGAGAUCACAGGCGAUGCAGUAGAGGAGAACAAGAAGCCUCAGAACUUUGACGCGCCAACAGAUCUUCCAGCACGACCUCACGACAUUCCGAACCCCAAGAACCCGUCCUCUCCGAAAGACGACACCAUAUCCAUGGAUCCUUCGAAGCAACCACCAGACUUCACCUCUACGCCCGAGAGCGGCUCAGAACAUGAACCCGCUGUGAUCUCCCCUUUGCAUUCGCUCUUCCUCUCCUUCACGAUGAUCAUGUUCUCCGAGAUUGGCGACAAGACCUUCCUGGUAGCCGCCCUCAUGGCCAUGCGCCACGAUCGGAUGGUGGUCUUCUCUGCAGCAUAUGGAGCGCUCUUCGUUAUGACAGUCCUGUCCGCUUUACUUGGCCAUGCCGUCCCAUCUCUCAUCUCUCCUCACAUCACCAACUUCCUCGCGGCGGGCCUCUUCCUCGUCUUCGGAGUUCGUCUCUUUCUCGAGGCGCGUGGAAUUUCUCCAGACGAGGGUGUCACUGAGGAGAUGAAAGAGGUAGAGAUGGAACUGGAAGAGAAGGAACACCAGGCUGCGCGCCGUGCUCGGAGGCGGAGCUCGAUAUCACCUUACGUUCUCGAAGCAGGCCGGGCGCCUCGGAAGCACCGCUCGAGUGGUGGUCCUGGUCGACUCCCAUCGCCCCCAUCAUCUCCCUCAUCAGCGGGUUCACGUGACGUCUCUCCUUCCCGAGGCUCGGCUCUCAAAAACGCCAUCGACGGCUUCACGAAUCUACUCUCGCUCCUCCUGUCGCCCGCUUGGGUACAGACCUUUGUCAUGACAUUUCUCGGCGAAUGGGGCGAUCGCUCACAGAUUGCCACGAUUGCCAUGGCCGCGGGUCAAGACUACUGGUGGGUCACGGCCGGUGCUCUAGGAGGGCAUGCCAUCUGCACUGGCGUGGCUGUAAUUGGUGGCAAGGCUAUCGCGGGUCGGGUCAGCCUGCGCACGAUUACCAUGGGCGGUGCAAUUGCAUUCCUCGUGUUUGGCAUUCUGUACUUGCUAGAAGCAUUGUAUUGA